GAGAAAAACAUUAAAUCUGUGGUUUAAGCUUGCUAAGAUAAGUAGAUACCUAGGUUACGUAAGGUUACGUAAAUCGUACCUAAGUACUUCGUACCUAGGUAGGUUAGAUUCGCGUUAUCUAUCCGUGUCUCUCUAUCCGUGGCUUAGGUUCUUUCGUUAUUUACCUUGAUACAUCAUCAUUCGUAAAGUUCGAAACGCGGAAUUAUUAUUCCCAAAAUCUACUUCUGUCCAAGCAUCCCCCAUCAAAGCUUCCUCAACUUCUACUCGACACGAAUCAACAAAAGCAUUCGAUAUCCUUUUAACUACCUUGGCUACUUGACAUCCAAACUAAAUUAGAUCUCGAAGCUAGAUCUCGAAGCUAGAUCUCGAGUGGGCUUCACUAAACUAGGUCUUCUUCUCAACAAGCCGACAUGGCGUCCCCUCCACGCGCCCACUCACCUGCGGGUUCUCCGCCAUACUCUUCUAGCGCGCAGUUGCCCUCGAAGAAGCGCGGCUCCACAACUGCUGAUUUACCAUCUCAACCACCCUCCCUUAAACGUCGCAAGGCAUCGGUCAUGUCUAUUGCCUCCGUAGGCUCGGCUCAUCCUCUUCGGCAGACGUCCUUCCCGCCCGACGAAUCCCAAACCCAGACUUUCUCUCCAUCCUACAGACGAUCUCCAAGCGUCGAUACCAUGAGUCUCGUUAGUGGAAGUCAGGUGAGCGGCGCGCCCAACAAAAAAAAGCGAGGCAGAAAGUCGAAGGCGGAGCGCGCAAGUGAGGCUGCGGUCGAGGCUAUACGCGAUGGCACUCCAAGUGUCGUGGGAGGUCGCGCGCCCACUGUCCUCAGCAACGCCAGCGGCAAUCAUGCUGGAAAGGACGUCGACCCGGACUCUAGAAAAGAAGAGGAAUUCGAGAUACCCGAGAAUAUGGCCAGCAUGUCUGCUGCCCGAACCAAAGAGCAAAUUGAAGAAGAGAAGGAACUUAAUGCGCUGUUGAAGGCGCAAAUGGACGCACAGCAGUUCGACCGGUAUGAAGUUUGGCAUCGUCAAACACUCAAGAACGCAGAUGUGAAAAGGCAUAUCAACAGCGUCACCUCGCAGUCGUGUCCUACCAACGUUCAUCAAAUGAUGCAAGUCGUCUGCAAGAUGUACCUUGGGGAUAUCGUCGAGUCCGCCCGUGAGGUUCAACAAGAGUGGGUGCAACUAGGCGAAAAGCAAACCGACCUAUCCGACGACGAGCUUGAACCGACGAACGAGUUAUCGAAACACCGCCGGCAAGCGCCUUUACGGCCCGAACAUCUUCGCGAAGCAUAUAGACGUCGCAAGGCCGCUACCGAGAAUGGUGGCGCUUUGGGAAGCUUGAUGGUUUGGAACCAGCAAACGCAAAACGGAGCUGAGAGAUUUGCAGUGAGGGCGGGUGGCCGCCGAAUAUUCAAGUAAUACCUCGAUCCCACUUGGAAGAUUGAUAGUCUUUACUCGAGCUGCAGGAAGUUCCAGGUCUUCAUAGUUUUGAUUACCGAGUAUACUUUACAUACGGGACUUAGAUAUAUGACAGGUUUUUUGGCGCGUACUGGUAGAGAGGAAAUUUCUCAAUCUCUUGACCAGCAACGGCGUUACAACACACAACCUGAACAUUUAUUAGGUCGACCGUGUAGUAUUAUUAUUAUCUGCUAAACGUAGGAUUGGCCGCAACCAAAAAAAAAAAAAAAAAAGGAAAAUUGCUACAGAGACGGCUUAGAUUAAGCAUAGCACGUCCAGCCUUAUCUCAAGCAUACAUUAUAUUGUGAACCAAGCUGGAGCAACCGGAUGGCCUUUUUACAAGCAGUACAAGAAAUUUUGAUACCCCCUUUAGAUUAGGUAGUUAGGUAUAUUAAAUGCCACCUAUCUAGCAUCUUGAGAAGAAUGUUUUUUUUUUUCUCACCGUGAUUCUAAUAUUAUGUCUAACGGGCCCCUUCAGUUCAGAUUAUAUGAAGCCUUGAUAGUAUGAUGAUUGCGUUUUCUGGAUAGUUGAGUGUAAUUCUGAAGUUGAUGAGAUGUCUUAUAGCGUCCAUCAUCGCCUAAAAGUGUAUCAACAUACGAAUGAAAUAAUUGAGCAACAGUGGUCGUUGUACAUACA